AGAGGAGAGGAGAGGAGAGGAGAGGAGAGAGGAAUUAUCCCAAAUCACUGGCACUUCUAGGGGUCCGGCAGGAACCCUUCCCCCCAGCCAGCAGGCUCCAUCCUCAGACGCCCCUGUGCCUGGAGCUGGGCUGGAGACAAAGACAUGGCUUCCAGCUGCCAGAUGAGCAGCAUCAACAGCCUGGAGCUGCUGGACCUGCUGUUUGACCGGCAGGACGGGAUCCUUCGCAAUGUGGAGUUUGGGGGCCCCGUGGCUGCGUGGCCGGGGCCAGAGGACAGCCAGCUGCCGGGCAGCCAGGAAAACGAGGAUUUCCUCAGCUCCCUCCUGGGCUCUGGGGACUCUGUCUCCGACUCUUCCGCUUGGUCUCCCGCGGCCAGCGACAGUGGCAUCUCUGAGGACCCCACCUCCGACCAGCUUGACAGCCCCCCCGGCUACGUGCCCGGCAGCAGCCCAGGCGGCUACUCGGAUGGGGGCCACGGCGAGCCCAUGUACAGCUACCAGGACUCCUGCCAGGCCCUGCCCGUGCUGAAAGUGCCCGUGGCAGACCUGCGGGACACGGAGGUCUCCAUAGACCUGGACAUGUGGAACUCCGGGUUCUUCCCCGAGGACAGCCAGGACCUGCCCGCUCCCAGCCAGCUCCCAUCAUCCUGCACCCUCACCGUGAAGGACCUGCUGCUGUCCGGCAGCUCGGAGACGCAGCAACAACAACAGAUGAACCCGGUGCUGCUGAGACAGGGCCCCGGGCACUGCCAGGAGCUGGUCCUGACCGAGGAUGAGAAGAAGCUGCUGGCCAAGGAGGGCAUGACACUGCCCACCCAGCUGCCCCUCACCAAGUAUGAGGAGCGGGUGCUGAAGAAGAUCCGCAGGAAGAUCCGGAACAAGCAGUCAGCUCAGGAGAGCCGGAAGAAGAAGAAGGAGUACAUCGAUGGGCUGGAGACCCGGAUGUCGGCCUGCACGGCCCAGAACCAGGAGCUGCAGAGGAAGGUGCUGCACCUGGAGAAGCAGAACUCAUCCCUGCUGGAGCAGCUGAGAAAGCUGCAGGCGCUCGUGAUGCAGUCAAGCAACAAGGCCGCCCAGACAGGCACCUGCAUUGUGGUCUUGCUGCUCUCCUUUGCCCUGAUUGUGUUCCCCUCCAUCAGCCCCUUUGCCCACAACAAGGCAGAGACUAGCAGUGACUUUGGGCCGGUGAGAGUGUUCUCCAGGUCUCUCCACAAUGACGACUCCUCCCGCGUGGUCUAUGCGCUGGGGAAGGAUGGUGAGGAGAGACCCAAGGAGCCGGAGAAGCCCCUGUGGACAGAGUAUGCCAAGGAGAAAGAGCCCAAGCGCCAGGGUGCCCUCCGCAAAUUCCUUAGCAGCCACCUGCUGCCCGAGCCGGCGGUGGAGACCACGCUGAGCAACAGGACCGAGGCCCUGCCCCAGGACGGACACUCAGACUUGGAGGGGCUGAGCCAUGAUGACCGUGUUGUUGGGCACGGCCUGGCCUCACUGGCCUGGACAGAUCCCGGGCAGCCCAGCCAGGUGGUGCUGGAGCCGGCCGACGAGCUGUGAGCACCAGCCCCUGUCUCCCCAUCACGUCAGCAGGGACUGAAGGAGGGCAUGAGUGGGAGGGCUGGGGCCUCAUUCUGGGCCUGCUAGGGUUGGGGCUGGGGCUGGGCAGGGGGCCAGGGUGAGGGUAUGUAGAGAGGGUGGAGAAACAGAGAUACAGAAUGGGGGUUAGAUGCAUCUGUCUUCUGAGUGAUAUUAGCUGGCUCUCCAGCUGUAGACACCAAGCUGUGGUUACCUGGGGAGCUUGCCCAGCCCUGCCUUGGGCAGUCACCAUUUGACCCAAAACCACAGGGACAGAAGAUGCACGAGGUGGAUGGCACCCAUGUACCCACGCACCAGCACAGGCCAAGCAGGGUCACUGCUUACCAGUGUGGGAAAGCCAUCACACCCUGCUGGACAUCCUGGCCAGGAGCUUACCUCCCUGCUUGGUUCAUCUGCACUCCCAUCCCUGGGUUCCCUCCUGUCAGCUGCCAUUGACAGACCCUUCUCUCAGUCCCAGCCCCUUGGCACCUACAUGCACAGCCCAAAGUCACAGCAAGGACCUGGGGAGUGGGCUGGAAGCUGGACCCCAGCGUGCCUUGGACAUGUUUUCACUUCCCUGUCCACUCUCUGGUCAGCCUGUGGCCCAGAAGGGAUGCAGUGUGGUUUGGGAUUGACCUAGAGGCAGCAGGGACCAGAUGCAGCAUGGGAUGUGCAGGUUCCAAGUGGGAGCUGGGGAUGAGGCUGGAAAUGCAUAGGGGUGUCUUCCCCCAAGGGAGAGCAAGGGAAGGUCAAAAGGGAGGGGGACCUAUGACAUGGCUCACGAGCUGGAAGGCCUGGGGCUGGGAGGAACUCCCCUGGCCUUCCCACUCCUAGGCCAGUUAUCUGGGGCUUGCUGCGGAAAUGGAGAGAGAGAGCUGGAGGAGUCUGUCUGGCUCAGAGCAGGGCUGGGGGUGGCAUCCGAAGGCCCUACAUGCUCGUGAAUCUAGCUGAGCAGCAUGGACUGCACCCGACAGCUGAGAUGCACCCGGGGCAGGAGCUGUCUGCUCUGAGCGGAGCCAGUGCAAGGAGAUGAGUGGUCGUAGAGCUUGAGGGGGGUGUACGUUUGACAGGCAGCCUGUGUGUGUAUGAUGCUGUGUGUGUGUGAGGCUGUGCGCAUGUGAGAUGGUGUGUGUGAAGCUGUGCGUGCUUGGGAAUGAGAGAAAAGAGCUGGGUGUGAGUGAGAAUGAGAGCAUGGGGGUAAAAGUGUGUGUGUAUAUGUGUGUGUGUGUGUGUAUAUGUGUGUGUGUGUACACCUCGAUGCUCCUCAGGGCUCCCAUCCCACACACAACCUUACAACCAGGGGCUGUCCCUCACUCCCCCACAUGGAAGGAGACCCCCUGGACUAGCUGGGGAUGACCUGCCCACUUUUGAGCCCCGCCCUGCGGCUCCACAACAGCCUUGGGAUAUCUGGGAUGUUCUGUGGUUCUCUUGAUUUAGUUUAUGCUUGGGGUUAUUUUUUGUGUUUUCUCUUUUUUAAGCUUGCAUGUGCGGCCUCUAAUACAGUAUUUUGGAACAAUA